AUGUAUAGUGAAACCAGAAGUGUACUUCUAGUUAUGGUUUCUGGUAGGAACAGUGGUGUCUACCAUUUAGGCACUGUUAUGUGUUAUCAACUGCUCUAUCAGAUUGAAUUCUGCAUGGACAAAGGAUUAUUUGGUACUCUGGAGCAGAAAAUAAAGGAAUCGGAUAGUGGUUUGAUUGUUACUGAGGUUUUUGUUCCUAAUCCUGCAAAUUCCUCUGAAUUUAUAUUAGGUCCGUGCUUCAGAGAUGGAUUUCCUUCAGAGCUUGAGCCAUUUUAUCCCUUAGCAAAAGGGGAAAAGCUCCGUAUGCACUCUCUGGGACGUGAUUGGCAGAGACGCAAAACAUGGAAGUCAUGGCCAAAUAUGACUAGCAGAUGGACUGAUUGGGUUGAUCGACUGGAGAAGGUAAAAGGGGAGAAGUGGAGAACUGCUGGUAUAUAUGAUGCCAUCCAGCUUUCUAAAAUCGACAUACCCCGUGACAGCAGUCUUCUGUAUGCUGCUUUGUGCUUUUGGUCAAUCUCAAGUAACUCCUUCCACUUUAACUUUGGCAUGAUGGGUCCAACAGUACUGGAUAUUGUUGCCUUGACAGGGCUCAGACCUCAUGGCGAGGAGAUUAGCGCAAUGCUCUACGUGCCAAGGUCCUUUACUUUACCGACGGGUGAGAACGAUAAAAGUUUAUCUUAUGGGGAAUUUCUUGAGGUCUCCAUGCAAAAAAAGGAUGUAACGGAGGAUGAACAUAUCUUUUUCCUAAUUAUGUGGCUUUGCAAGUACGUCUUUUGCAAUGGUUCAUUAAGGGUAACAAAGGAAUGCAGCCAAUUAGCCGUUGCUCUUGCUUCGGGCAGGAAGCUUGCUUUGGCUCCUUUUGAAUUAUCUCAUCUGUAUCGAGGCUGUAGAGAUUUAGUUACCAGAGAAUUUGGUCGUUCAAGGGGUCCCUUCUGGAUUCUACAGCUCUGGUUGCAGUCUUAUUUCCCUGAAUAUGGACCUUGGCCUUUUGAUUCACAAAAUUGUCCAACUUUUGGGGUUUCCCUGGCUCGAGGGAAGUUAAAACAGAAAAGCUUCCGGGAAUGCUUUAAAUUCUUUUGUUCAUGCUCCUCCAGAACUCCCAGCCAGUUCACUCCAUUUUCUUCUAAGACCCAUGGUCCUGAGUGGCUGACAUUGUCACUGCAUCAUCACUGCCGAACAUCUAGUAAGCAAGAGCUAAGCGACAUAUGGUCCAGUUACCUCAUUGCUCGAGACCUCCAUUAUGGCCUUCAUUUGGACAAAUCAAUUCUCUCCAAAGCUGGAGUGGAGUAUUACGCACCAAAUCAGUAUGCUCGGCAGUUUGGCAUGAUUCAGGCUGUGCCUCUUGCUCAUCAGUCUGCCAAUACUUCAUCACAUAGUAGAAUCGUUUUCAAUUCAGUAAAUUGUAUCCAAGAAGUUGAUUUAAGGUUUGUCCAAUUGAAGAGAAAAUUUUCACCUGUAUACUUUGAUGCCAAUCCAAAAUGUACUUCAUCCUUUGAGUCCUGGUGGUCGACUUAUAUUGGUAGAACUCGGACUGAAUCAGCUGAGGAGAUCCUUGAUAGGAUUUUACCAGAUUUUGGAUUAACUACAACUCUGGUGCAAGAAAAAAAGAAUUUCCAACCUGAGAAUUCAGAAAGCCAUGAACACAUUGCUGGAGAACAAACAACCAAAAAAAGGUGGAAAGAAGAUUCUAUUCCACAGCAACAGAAGUUUGAAGGUCAAGAAAAGGAUGAGAGGCCUUCUAAAAAGGCAGAGAGGGAACCUUUCCAGGCUGGCUUCCCGGAUAUCAUUGCAAAUAACAUGCCAAAAUCUGCUAUUAACAUAACCAAACAUUCUCCUUGUGUCCAUGGCUCAAAUCACUCGUCCGCAGACGCUGUUAAUUGUCAGAAGUCUGAUGAUGGCAUUGCUGUGUCACAGAUGAGACAUCCCUUCCACAUCACCACUUUCAUCUGA